GUAACCGGACAACAUAGAGAGCAGAUUGAAGGAUUUCAUUCAAAGGCAAACCUUUAAAUGACAUGUUAAAAUAAAAUAAAAUACAAAAUUUAUAGACAAAUAGACAGAAAAGAGAGCAACAGCGACAGCAUCGCACACAGAGUCUGGAGCCCGUGUGUAGACACCUUGUCUAUCUGCCCAUCUGUGGUUCUGUGGAGAAGCCCUGACCUCUUUCCUUCAAGGUAUACGGUCUACACCCAACCUUCGCCCUGUUCCCUGCCACGUGAUCCAAGUGGACAGAUGAUAUUGCCACCUUCUAAAACUGUUGCCACAAAGACAGCCAGGAGGAAGUAGACUGGUACCAAACCGUGCCUCAAAAAUCUCUGAGGCUGGGUAGCAGGAGGUCAGCUGUUUAAGAUAUGCCCUCACCCCCCAACGAUGGAGACGAUCAAGGAACGUCCCCCAUGAACAGGCCACCGACACUAUCCAAUCAGAAUGGAGUAAAGAGGAAGGUCCACACCAAGAAGAAGAAGAAGGGUUUCAUCACAGCCAACGUUAUAGGAACAAAAUAUGAGAUUGUUCGUAUUGUCAUUGAGGAGAUGACCUUUCAUAAAGCCAGAGAUGAUGAUGAGACGGCCAAUCUCAUCUGGAACGACUCUGCCGUGCAACAUGAGAAAAUCGCUGAGCUCAGGAACUAUCAGAGGAUAAACCAUUUCCCAGGAAUGGGUGAGAUCUGUCGGAAAGACUGCUUGGCAAGAAACAUGGCCAAAAUGAUUAAAAGUCAGCCUCAGGAAUAUAGCUUCAUCCCCAAAACCUGGAUCUUCCCAGCCGAGUGCACACAGUUCCAGAACUAUGUAAAGGAGUUGAAACGAAAACGCAAGCAGAAAACGUUCAUCGUUAAGCCUGCGAAUGGAGCCAUGGGCCAUGGGAUAUCUCUAAUUCGGAAUUGUGAAAAGCUCCCAGUCCAGGAUCACUUCAUUGUGCAGGAAUACUUAGACAAGCCCUUUCUCAUGGAGGGCUACAAGUUUGACCUGCGAUUCUACAUUCUCGUUACUUCCUGUGAUCCACUACGUGUCUUCCUCUACAACGACGGCCUGGUGCGAAUGGGUACAGAGAAAUACCACACGCCAAAUGAGUCGAACCUGAACCAGCUGUACAUGCACUUGACCAACUACUCUGUAAACAAACACAACGAGAACUUUGAGCGAGAUGAAACCGUGGACAAAGGCAGCAAGCGCUCGAUUGGUUGGUUCACAGAGUUCCUUCGAAUCAACGAUUACGAUGUGGCCAAAUUCUGGGGCGAUGUAUCAGAGCUGGUGGUGAAGACCCUGAUAGUGGCCGAACCACACGUGCUCCACGCCUACCGCAUGUGCCGCCCGGGUCAGCCACCAGGGAGCGCCAGCGUCUGCUUUGAGGUGCUGGGUUUUGACAUAAUCCUCGACCGCAAGCUCAAGCCCUGGCUUCUAGAGAUCAAUCGUGCCCCGAGUUUUGGGACAGAUCAAAAGAUUGAUUACGAUGUGAAGAAGGGGGCUUUGCUCAAUGCCCUGAAACUGCUCAACAUCAGAGCGAGUGAUAAACGACGGAAUCUGGCCCAGCAGAAGGCGGAAGCCCAGCGACGGCUGUACGGACAGGGAUCAAUGCGGAAACUGACGGCCGGAUCAUCGGAAUGGGAGAAACAACGUCACCUACUAGAACGUAGGAGAGAAGAGCUGAAAGAAAGACUGGCCCAAGUCCGCAAGCAGGUCUCCAGGGACGAGCACGAAAAGCGGCACCUGGGGAACUACAGGCGUAUUUACCCCCCAGAUGACAAGCUGCUCUUGGAGAAAUAUGAGAGUCUCCUUUCAGCUGCCUUUCAGACAUUCCUCGCUGGGCGAGCAGCGUCACUUCAAAAGGAAAUGAAUAAUCCACUGAAACGAAUGAAGGAGGAGGAUAUCCUAGACCUUCUGGAGCAGUGUGAACUGGAUGAUGAAAAACUGAUGGGAAAAACCUCCAAGCAGAAAGGUCCCAAGGUCCUGUCAUCCAUGCCUGAGAGCAGCCCGACGCCCAGAGGGCACCGGGACCCUGAAGACUCUUCGGCCAGUUGCAGCGACAGCAGCUCUGGUUCUGACGCUGAUGGAGAAGAUGAGAGCAGCAGCAUCACGCAGGAGAAACUCAAUCGCCCCGAACGCUCCAGUCGCGUUCAUUGGAAACCUGCCCCUAAACCAACGCGAGGUCCUUCCUCCUCGCCCAAUCUUUCCGGGCUCAUCCGCCGCUCCAUGUCCUGUCCACGCUCCAUAUCCUCUCUGACUGCGCAGUCACCUACCAACGAGACCAGACGGCCAAAAACAGCCACUCACAUGGCUAAUGCAUCGCCUGCAGCCACUCAAACAGCAGCCACCAUGACGCAGAUGACCCCGAUUCGACCCCACACAGCGUGGCGCUCCCAGUCGCUCAGUCGCAACAGUUCUGCAAACAGAGUUCCGCACAGCAGCAGUCUAGGUGCCAUUCACCCCAAUACGGGGGAGACCCCACUGAGUAAAGAGCAGGAGGCCGAGCUGAUGCAGCAGACGCUGGCUGCGCUCGGGGAGAUGAGGAUUCGUUACCCGGGGAAGAGCGAGGAGGAGGCCGAGGCCGUGUUGGAUGAGAUUCUGAACAACUGGAAAUACCAUAAACCAAAAGUGGCGUCUUACUGGCUGGUGAAGUUAGAUGCCACCAAACAAAGGAAGGUUUUGGACAUAGUUCGAACCAACAUCCGCUCAGUCCUGCAGAGGAUUUGGAGUGAACCGGAUGUGGAGAGUCUACGUCUUUUUCGCCUUUUCAACCGCGUGUUUAACCGUCUGCUGUGGAGUCACGGUCAGGGGCUCUGGAACUGCCUCUCCAGCUCUGGGUCAUCGUGGGAGAGUGUUUUCAGUAAGAGCAGUGAGGUGGUGACUGCGCAGGAGCUGAGGUGCUGCCAGCGUGUCGUACAGUUGUGUAGAGACUGUCUGCUUGUAGUCUACAAGUUUGUGGCUGACUCCCGUGGUUCGCUCAGCGGACUCAGCCCAGACUGGGACGACACAAGGUAUCUGCUGCCAGUCACCUCCCAGUUCAUCAUCAAGUGGCCGUCAUCUAGCUUUGGCCGCUCAACGUCCUCGACCCGCCCCCGCAGCGUCUUUACCGCACGAAUGGGUCACUUCUGAUGGCCGCUGGACUCCGACACCUGCUGGGGAAGAACAUAUCCAGACUUACAACAUCCAGACCUAAGGGCAUAACGUCUGGGACCUCCGCGAACUCCAGCAGCAUAUUUAACGGGAUUUGCCCGUCUGCAUUGUUCAUGCAUCAGAUGCAUAUGAUCGAGCAGUUCCUGCCUCCUGUCCGCUGUAAAUUAUCUGCUGCAUUACUAUUUCCCUUAGGAUGCUUGUAAAAAUGAUGAACUUUAUGAAUUUAUUUUCAAGACUCUACAAAUUAUUCAGUGAAUUAUUCCAGUGAAUGUUACAGUGUCAUGGAAUCAGAAAAAGGUCAUGUUCACUUUUUUUUUUUUUUUUUUUUUGUUCAUUAACCAUGGUGUUGUUUCUCUUACACAGUUUUCCCCUAAAUUAUUUUAUCGAUUAAUAUACAACAUGGUGUCACUUUAGUAUAUUUUAGAUCAUUUAGUAUAUUUUAAAUGCUUCUCAGAAUUAAAAUGAUAACAAUAUGGGGCCGUUCACACAGGAAAUGGACAGAUGUAACUGAGGUACCUGAAAGCGUUAUUCCAAUGUGGGGGCACUUUGAGUACGUUUCGUUUGAGUGACCAAUCAGUUAAAUUUAUUAAUUCCAAAUAAUUAAAAUUCACAUCCUAAAAUUAAAAUACGCAUCCAUAAUAAUUAAAAUACUUUCUAAGAUUGCAUGGUGCAAAAAAAAAAAAAAGAAUUGUUGAAGGAUUUAAAAAUAGUGCAAAUGGGAUGUGUCCUGUGUGAAUGCCCCCCUAAAAAUGAUUUAGAAAGGUAAACAGUUAAUAUUAAAGGGUUAGUUCACCCAAAAAUGAAAAUUAGCCCAUAAUUUACUCACCUUCUAGACAUCCUAGGUGUAUAUGACUUUUUUCUUUCAGACAAAUCCAAUCUGAGUUAUAUUAAAAAUCAUCCUGGCUUUUCUCGUCAGUCCAAAACAAGUCCAGUGCAUCCAUCCAUAAUAAAAAGUGCCUCACAGGGCUCUGGGGAGUAGCAAAUCGCUGCGUUUUUUUUUUUUUUUUUUUUUACUUCUGUUUAUUUCGUAAGAAAUUUGUCUAUUAUAUUACUAUUCCUGUUAACUUUAAUCCAUAAUUUGUUUAUUAUUAAAAGAUUGUUUGUAUCUUUUGUACGUACUGUUUGUUUUGUACGUACUGUACUUUUUGUUGUUCUUUAUUGCAAUAAUAAAAAAAAGAAUCACUUUAAUCUGGUCGUACUCGGAAGCAGCUCCAGGCGGAUGUCGCAAUACGUUGUCUUUGCGCACGCACCGCGGAGAAGUGACGAACGCGAACGCGCAGUGAAGAGAUCAAAACAAAACAACGGUCACGAAUUAGACGUUCAAAACAACGGUUUGUAAAGGAAAAUGUUGGAGGAUUUCAAUACAAACGAAGAGGAGACUGUUCUUUUGCUAAAGUAAGGAGACUUUGCUUCCUUUGCUCUUAUAAACAAACGUUGGUUUGUUUAUAAGAGCAACAAAAAACUGCUUCCUGGUACGACCAGCCCUUGCAAGCUAGAUUAAAGUGAUUAUUACGUUUUAGAUGUGUUUAGAUUCACUACAGGAGGCCUUUAUUAACCCCCCAGAGCCGUGUGAGGCACUUUUUUUUUUGUGGAUGGAUGCAUAUUAUUGGACUUGUUUUGGACUGAUGAAGACAAACACCCGCCCAUGCUACGAUAAAGGAAAUGCCAGGAUAAUUUUUAAUAUAGAUCCGAUUGGAUUCGUCUGAAAGAAGGAAGAAGGUCAUAUACAUCUAGGAUGCCAGCAGGAGGGUGAGUAAAUAAUGUAAAUUUUAAUUUUUGGCUGAAGUAACCCUUGUAAGGGUUUAAGUGUUAGAUUUGGAGUGAGAUUUAGGGUUAGAGGUUAGGCGUAGGGCUUUAUGAGUAUUAUAGAGUUAGGAAUUAAAAAUGCUUACUGUUUGGAAUAAAUGCUCUGCAUUAUACUAGACUAUACUAGACUAUACUUGCCUGUUCUGAACUAAAAGCUGAGAUCACGUAUCAACUUAAGGGACGCAAGUCUCUUUUACAUAACUUUUAUGAGCCAUAUUGUGUAGAUGCAAAUAUGAACCUCGGUCUGAACUGUGUGUAGUGCUGAUGAGAGGGAUUUUUUUUUGUAAUACUGCUGCUGGUAGAGUAUGUUUGGUAAAUUGUGUAUGAGCUCAAUGUGCUAAAACUUGGAUGGCUGCAUCUUGAAGAUACUUGAAUUAAUUUAUGUUAUUUAUUUUAUUAAAACGUCUGUGUUUACAUCUGAUUUAACAUUUGUUUUAAAUAUGCUUGUUCAUUUUAACCAUGGCAUUACCAAUGUAUCAGUGACUUUAUGAACGGAAUAACCUUUUAUGAAAGUACUGUAAUAAGUGCUAAUUGCAGAGCUUUGCUUUGGAUCUAAUUAGGAUAAAUGUUCACAUAGUGUUUUAGUAAAAGUGACCUGGAUGUGCCAGCUCAAACCACGCUGUGCCAACACCUCUCACAACCAGCAGUGUGUUAUUGAGGAGCUGUAUGUGACUGUUGGCAAUAGUUAUCAUUCCAUAUAAUUUCUGGGAUUUUUGUUCAGGAUGUGCUGUUUAAAAACCUCGGCUGCUGGGUUUUCUUUUUUGGUAAGUGAGGGAAAUCGUAGUGACAGUGUUCUGACAGCCAACUAUGUAAUUCCUGCUGAACACAGCGAUAACCCAACAUUUAUCCAUCAGACCAUUUCAGGUCAUUUUGCCCAACGUACCACCACGUCACAAUGCCAAAUGUUAUUUUUGCCUGGAUUUUCAUUCAGGAGAAUGGUUUUUAAUAGCAAUAAAAGGCUUAAAACAUCUAAACAGA